AUGUUUCAAUCGCCCAUCGAAAAUACAAAUACGUGUGAAAAUUUUGUGAAAAACACGGGUGAGGGUGUGUUCGCUUCUACCGCAUCGGCUGGGUCCACGGUUGCCGGCGGCGCGGGCGCUGUCACUACAACUCCUGCGGCGUUGGUUUCUUCUGCUGCAAGCUCGUCAUCUGCUCAGUUUGACAUCAGUCAAAUAACGAGUUUAUUCGACGCCAGAUUUGAAAAACUUGAUGCAAAACUGGACACUUUCUGUGUCUCCAUAUCGAAGGACAUAAAGACGGCAAUUGAGCAACUCAAGCUCGAUUUCACUCGCACAACUGAUUUUUUGGAGGGUAAGAUAUCGGACGUCGAAGGGUGCUACAAAAAUAUCAAGGAUCAGGUGCUGGUUUUGCAGACGGAAAACUCUAAGUUGCACACGGAACUGUUUGCUCUCAAAACGCAGAUCAUCUCGCCAGAGAAAUGUGAAUCACUUCAGCAAUCUAUCGCCAAAUUGCAGUACGAACUAAACGAAAAAGAACAGGAAGCGAUAAUUAAUGACAUUGAGAUCGGCGGUGUGCCGGAGUAUCAUAAUGAGUCUGCAGCACACUUGAUCACAACCAUUGCUGCUAAAAUUGGAGUAAACCUGGACACCAGGGACAUCGUGAGCGCGACGCGAGAGGGAUUGGUGCGGCCGACACGAGUGGGUGAUUCACGUGGCCCGCGCCGUGUUAUCGUCAGGCUGUCCAGGAGGGCUGUGCGUGACGAGUUACUCCGGGCGGCGCGGUCGCGUCGAAACACUGACACCACUGGUCUUGGACUUCCAUCGCAUGAUACAAAGAAGGUUUACAUAAAUGAAAGGUUAACAAAAACAAACCGCAUCCUGUUCGCUAAAGCUCGGGCAGCUCGUGUAGCCAUGAACUGGAGGUUUGUCUGGACGAGGGAAGGUCGAAUUUUUGCUAGAAAGUCGGAUUCUGCUGAUUCACCAACUCAUCGAGUGAGAUGCGAAGAGGACAUUGACCGUAUUUUCAACAAUACUCAUGCUAAACAAGUACAGUGA